AUGUUUCAGGGUGGAGAAGCAGCAACAACCACCUCCUCGCACCUCCCUCUCCACCCUUCCCACCUCCCACCGCCCACAAUGCUACUGUCUCUCACCCUCACCACCCUCCUCCUCCUCCUCCUCCCCUCCACCCUCGCCGCCGGCCUAUACACCACCCACUCCCCCGUCCUCCAACUCGACGGCACCACCUACCACUCCCUCAUCGCCAGCAGCAACCACACCGCCAUCGUCGAGUUCUACGCCCCCUGGUGCGGCCACUGCAAGAACCUCGCCCCGGCCUACGAAAAAGCCGCCAAAUCCCUCUCCGGCCUGGCCAAAGUCGGGGCGGUGAACUGCGAUGCCGAGGAGAACAAACCCUUUUGCGGCUCGAUGGGCGUGCAGGGGUUUCCCACCUUGAAGAUUGUGCGGCCCGGGAAGAAGGCGGGACGGCCGGUGGUGGAGGAUUAUCAGGGCCCGAGGAGCGCCAAGGGGAUUGUCGAGGCGGUGGUGGAGAAAAUCCCGAAUCAUGUGCGCAGGUUGAAGGAUGGGGAUUAUCAGGGUUGGUUGGAGGAGGGGGAGGGGCCGAAGGCGAUCCUCUUCAGUGACAAGGGGAGUGUGAGUGCGUUGUUGAAGGCGAUUGCGGUGGACUUUUUGGGGAGUAUUAGUGUGGCGCAGAUGAGGGAUAAGGAGAGGCAGGCAGUCCAAGUGUUCAAUGUGGACAAGUUCCCGACGUUGGUGUUGUUGCCUGGAGACGGCAAGGAUCCCAUCCACUACGACGGCGAGAUGAAGAAGGAAGCCAUGGUCGCCUUUCUCUCGCAAGCCGCCCCUCCAAACCCAGAUCCAGCACCAAAGGAGAAGAAGAAGAAGAGUACGAAGAGUUCAACUACGGACAAGAGUAAAGCGAGCAGAGCCUCCUCCACCUUCUCCAAAGCAUCCGCCGCAGACGAGUCAUCCAAAUCGCAAAGCGCCAAAGCCUCGCAAACAGCAGAAACGCUAGAAGACGAGCCCAUUCCCACCGCCACCACCAACCCCGACAUCCUCCCCGAAGAGGAAGGAGAGAGUACAGAAAGGCCCAUCAGACUCCCCGACCCGGCUCCACCCAUACCCACCCUCUCCGACGAACUAUCACUGCAACACAAGUGCCUCAACAGCAAAGCCGGGACCUGCAUCCUAUCCCUCUUACCCAACACGGACGACACAAGCUCCUCCCAAGCCAUUACCAGCCUAAGCGAAAUCCACCACAAACACGCCCAAGCCUCACGCCCACUCUUCCCCUUCUACGCCCUCCCCGCCUCAAACCCUCUCACAACCGCCCUGCGCUCCGCGCUGAGCCUGGAAGCAAACACCCUCGCCCUGAUAGCGACAAACGGGAAAAGAAGCUGGUACCGGCUCUACACCCCACCCAACCCCACCUCCUUCUCCCAAGUCGAGAUCGAGAACUGGAUCGACGCCAUCCGCAUGGGCGAUUUGUCCAAAUCCGCUCUACCGGAGCAUCUCAUACCCGCGGCCGAGGAAUUACCGCCCUUACCCGCAGCAGCAGAGGCGGAGGCAGAGGCAGAACCGAUCAAGAUCGACUUGUCCGAUCCGGAGACGCUGCGGAAGGUGAUGAGUGGUGAGGGGACGGGGCCGGGGGGAGUGCAGUUUGAGAUGGAAGAGGUGGGCGAUGGGGAGUAUGAGAGGAUUGUGAGGGAGGCGAGGGAGAGGGCGGAGGCGCGAGAGGCGCGAGAGGCGCGGGAGGCUGAGGGGAGGAGGAAGGGGGAGGAGGCUGCUAAGGGGGAGGCGAGGGGGGCUAGUCAGGCGUCUUACGCGGCGGCGGCGGCUGGGCAUGAGCCGGUUGCGGAAUCAUUGCUUGUGGAGGAGCAUGAUGAGCUGUAA